AUCACAUGCAUUUUUUGGACCAAUUACUUGACUUGUCCCUGUCUUAACACCCCUUACAGGCUUGAAGCUUUUGCACCAUAAUUGUUAAAACAUUCUCUUAUAGAUUUCAUUCAAUCUCCUCUGCUGUAUCUGCAUUUCUUCCUUUUCUUUUCCCUGCAAAACCCACCAAAAAUUCAUACCCACUUAUCCUUUUUAGGCAAAAGGUUUCACCUUUUUUGGGUAUAUACUCUUUAACUCCAGUUCAUAUGAUUUUUUAGUGUCUUAGAGCUAUGUUUACAUAACUUUAGGCACCAAAAUAGUAUAUCAUAAUACUGCACAAAAAAACUGGCAAAAAUGGGAACUCUGCAAUGUCUUGUGUGCCUUCUACUGGUAGCAUGCUCUACUACCAUGAGAGGCUCCCAGGCAGCCAAUGAGGACUCAGCAGUCGGUCUGAACGACGACGUUUUGGGCCUAAUAGUCUUCAAGUCAGACCUCCAUGAUCCACCAGCAUUAAGCUCAUGGACUGAGGAUGAUGGAUCAUCUUGCUCUUGGAAGUACAUUCAAUGCAACCCGUCGACAGGCCGGGUUAUUGGGCUUUCCCUCACAGGGCUAGGCCUUUCAGGCAGGCUAGGGAAAGGGCUGCAGAAGUUGCAAGAACUUAAGGUACUGUCACUAGCAAAAAACAACCUCACUGGUGAAAUAAGUCCAGAAUUAGCCCAACUUCCUAAACUUCACACACUUGAUCUUAGUUUUAACAAAUUUACUGGGCAAAUUCCAACUUCAUUUUCCAAUCUAGGUUCUUCUCUAAGAUAUCUUGAUCUAACACAGAAUGUGUUAUCUGGUCCAUUACCUGAUGACAUUUUCCAAACUUUUCAGUCUUUAAACUACCUUUCUUUAUCAGGAAACUCAUUUGAAGGUCCAAUUCCUAGUUCACUCUCUAAGUGUAGUGUUCUAACUGGUUUAAAUCUCUCAAACAAUCAUUUUUCUGGUAAUCCAUUUGCACAAAAUAGUGGGAUUUUUGCUUUAAAUAGGCUUAGAUUGUUAGACUUUUCUAACAAUUUCCUCUCUGGUAAUUUUCCUACUGGUAUUUAUACCUUGCAUAAUCUCAAAGAAUUACAUUUGCAAGGUAAUCAAUUAUCAGGUUCUAUACCAUUUGAUAUUGGUCUUUGUCCUCAUUUGCUUAAACUUGAUCUAAGCAAUAAUUAUUUUACUGGAGAAAUUCCCACAACAUUUGGUACACUGAAGUCUCUAGUUUUCCUAAGUUUAGCACAUAAUACCUUAUCUGGUGAAUUUCCUCAGUGGGUUGGAAAUUUGAUCAAUUUGCAACAUUUAGAUUUCUCAAAGAAUAGUUUGACAGGAGUUUUACCUAUGUCAAUGGGUGACCUCAAAUUACUUCAAUCUCUCAGUUUGUCAAACAACAAGAUUACUGGAAACUUACCCACUUCAGUAGUUUACUGCACUGAGCUAAAAACCCUACAACUUAAGGGUAACCUCUUGAAUGGGAGCAUCCCAGAAGGGCUGUUUACAAUGGGUUUACAGAAGAUAGACUUGUCAGAAAACAUGUUCUCUGGUUCGAUCCCACCGGCCUCUGGUCGAGACUUUGAGUCCUUGCUUGUGUUGGAUUUAUCAAAGAAUGAUCUUAAAGGAGAAAUCCCACCAGAAAUGGGACUUUUUUCUAGCUUGAGGUACUUAAAUUUGUCUUGGAAUAACCUACAUUCUAGGAUACCCCCAGAAAUUGGGUAUCUGCAGAAUUUGACAGUCCUAGAUAUUAGGGACAGUGCUUUAUAUGGGUUGAUUCCUGGUGAUUUAUGUGAUUCAUCAAGCAGCUUGUCUAUCCUUCAGUUGGAUGACAAUGCCUUGACUGGCCCUAUUCCGCAGGAGAUUGGCAAUUGCUCAUCACUAUACUUAUUGAGCUUGUCUCAUAAUAGUUUGAGUGGUGCAAUCCCGAGCUCCAUCUCGAUGCUAAAGAGGCUUGAGAUUCUGAGGCUAGAGUCGAACGAGCUUAGUGGGGAGAUGCCGAAGGAGCUAGGUACAUUGCAAGAUUUACUUGCAGUCAAUGUCUCCUACAACAAGCUCAUUGGUAGGCUUCCUCCUGGAGGAAUAUUUCCCAACCUAGAUGCAAGUGCAUUGCAAGGAAACUUAGGACUUUGUUCACCCUUACUAAAAGGUCCAUGCAAGAUGAACGUACAGAAGCCAUUAGUCCUUGAUCCCAAUGCAUAUCCCAAUCAAGUGCAUGGAAAUGAUGCAGGGAAUCAGAUAGCAAAAGGAUUAGAGCCUCAUAAGUUCCUCAGUAUCUCAGCCAUCAUCGCGAUAUCAGCAGCUGUAAUAAUUGUAUGUGGGGUGGUAAUCAUUACUCUACUAAACGCUUCUGCAAGAAGAAAACUCGCAUUUAUUGACAACGCGUUAGAAAGCAUUUUCUCGAGUUCUUCCCGUUCAGGAACACCCUCUGUAGGGAGGCUAGUAUUGUUCGAUACAAGGUCAUCAGGGAAUUUGUUUGCAGAUCCUGAAUCUCUUAUCAACAAGUCUUCUGAGAUCGGAGGAGGUGUUUUUGGCACGGUCUACAAGGCUUCUAUAGGGGCGGAAGGGAGGAUCGUGGCAGUAAAAAAGCUAUACAAGUCCAACAUACUUCAAUACCCUGAAGACUUUGAUAGGGAGGUCAGAGCUUUAGGAAAGGUAAGACACUUAAAUGUGGCUUCCCUUAGAGGAUACUAUUGGACUCCUCAAUUACAGCUCUUGGUAUCAGAUUAUGCUUACAAUGAAAGCCUUCAAUUCAGGCUCCAUGAAAGGCCACUAAACAUGGCUCCUUUGUCUUGGGCUACAAGAUUCAGAGUCUUACUCGGAACAGCAAAAGGACUCGCACAUUUACACCAUUCUUGCACUCCACCAAUCAUACAUUAUAACUUGAAGCCGAGCAAUAUCUUACUAGAUGAAAAUUAUAAUGCUAAGGUUGCUGACUUUGGAUUAGCAAAGCUGCUUACCAAGAUUGAUAAUCACAGUAUGUCCGGGAACAGAUUUCAGGGUGCACCAGGAUAUGCUGCACCUGAAUUAGCAUGUCAGAGCUUGAGAGUUAAUGAGAAGUGUGAUGUUUAUAGUUUUGGAGUUAUGGCGCUUGAGAUUGUAACAGGAAGACGGCCUAUAGAAUAUGGGGAGGACAAUGUGCUGAUACUGAACGACCAUGUAAGGGUGUUGCUUGAAGAAGGGAACGUGUUGGAGUGUGUUGAUCAAAGUAUAGGAGAGUACCCUGAUGAGGAAGUGUUGCCUGUUUUGAAAUUGGCAUUGGUUUGUACUUCGCAAAUUCCUUCGAGCAGGCCUUCGAUGUCAGAGGUAGUUCAGAUUCUUCAAGUGAUCAAAACUCCAGUUCCUCAAAGACAAGAAGCUUAUUGAAGGAGUACUAACUAGGUAGGAUGUGAAGAACUUGUAUGUUUUUGUUAAUUUUAUGUUUUGAAAUAGGAUUUUGAUAAUGACUUUCAUGAUGUAAUUUUCUGAUAGUCUGUGUUUUAUUAACUACACUUUUGGCAAUGAAAGUUAUGUUUCAAAA